CGUUUUGCUGCCAUUUUUGUUCGCGAUGAAGACUUUCAGUUUUGCGUGUUCCUGUGUAUCUGUGACUUUCAGUUUUGUGAGCUUACCUUCGUCAGUAAAUUCUAGUUUUGCUUGUCCAUGUAUAUCUUUCUUCGUCUGCAACUUUCACUUUCUGAGGAGUUUUCCUGUGUCUCUAUAUCUCAACGUUUUUACCCAUGUCUUCCUUAUUAAAUUUUAACAAUGCGCUUUAUACCACCUUUGUGUUGGAGGCAAAAACUGAGAUUUAUCAAAGAAAUACAUGUCUUGAAUGAAUUUAUGAUUGUUUUACAGUUAUCCUGUAGACAAAGAAAGUCCAGUGUACAAAGAGAGAGACAGUCGUCGCUUUUGUAUUCUUUAUAUUAAACGAAGCUAAAGGGAAGUGGUGAGUUUACUAUGUUAUUUAUUGUUUACUGUGUUAUUGGUUGUUUUUCAAACUAAAAUGACCUCAAUAGCAAGGAUAUAUUUAUUGAAGAUGCUAAUCAUGUUUCCCUGCCAACAAUUUAUGACACGAAAAUAUGACAGCCCUAUUUCACUUCGCUCUAAGAAUUUGUCUUUCUCAAGGCAGAGAAAAUCCGACAGCGCAUUGUCCAUCGCUUUAUUAUGCGCAUGUCUGGAUGAUAGACGCAGUGUAGAAAACGUCAGUCAAUUUUUGGUGUUUCUUCACCUAAUGAAAAUAAUAAUUUUAUUGUGUAUGAUAUAACAAACUCACGUUGUAAUCAGGGCGGUGUGAAACCGAGAGUGAUUCGGAUUACAGAAUGAAUUUCAAUUUUCAAAAUUAACUUAACAUCAAAAGUGUCGGGCUUUAAACAAAACCUUGAUCUAAAAUAUAUCUAGCAAAAUUUGGCCGAUGAAUUAACUCAAGCUCAAGUCCUCCGUCGUGAUAAACAACGGAGUCAAUUAUUUCUUUAAUUAAUAAGUGUUUUUUUUUUCAGACCAGAUUUUUGAAAAGCGGAAUGACCAGACAGUUAUUAUACAUGAAAAGAGUUGUGUUUUACAAAAUCCUUCAUUUCAGUCUUAGCAGAUAAAAGCCAUGACUGUCAUGUUUAGACAGUCCUAAAAGCCGCUUCUACAUGUACAAUAUUCUCUGUUAUCUUCUGAUAGAAGCGUCUGAAAUGAACAACGUAGACGAAGUUAUACAAGUCAUCUCAAUCGGCCUCAUUGUUGCUGGCUUCCUUCUUAACACCAGUCGAUCACUAAGAGCCAUCGAACUGUGCAAGGAAUGCUUGUUCAUUCUGAAAGACAGAGCAGACUUAAAAGGCAAGAAAUUGAGCAAAUCAUUAUACAAGAGGAUAUAUUUUAUAAUGUGGAAGGCUUGUAGUCUUAUCAGCGAUAACACAAACGCCAUAAUAUACGCAGAAAAACGUCUUCAAAUUUGCCGUGAAAGUGAUGAAAGACGAAGAAUAUAGGCUAAGCAUGACAUUUGCAGGUAUGUGUUUCGGUCAAAGUAAAUACACAAAAGCAAAUCAACUCUAUGAAAAAGCGCUUCUAAUCAUUAGAGAAUUUGGAGACAAAAGUGGAGAAGCUAUGUGUUAUGGAAACCUUGGAGCUGUGUAUCUAUCACUUGGCGAAUAUGAGAAGGCUAGACAACACCUCGAGAAAUCACUUGAGAUGAAGAAAGAAAUUGGAGACAGAAAUGGAGAAGCUACCUCUUACGUAAACCUCGGAAAUGUGUAUCUAUCAGUUGGAGAAUAUGAGAAGGCUAGAGAACACCUCGAGAAAUCACUGGUGAUCCAGAAAGAAAUUGGAGACAGAAAUGGAGAGGCUUCCUUCCACGGAAACCUUGGAUGUGUGUAUCGAUCACUUGGCGAAUAUGAGAAGGCUAGACAACACCUCGAGAAAUCACUUCUGAUCCAGACAGAAAUUGGAGACAGAAAAGGAGAAACGUACAGUUAUGGAAGCCUUGGAAAUGUGUAUCAAUCACGUGGAGAAUAUGAGAAGGCUAGAGAACGCCACGAGAAAUCACUUGUGAUCGAGAAAGAAAUUGGAAACAGAAAUGGAGAGGCUUCCUCCCACGGACACCUUGGACGUGUGUAUCGAUCACUUGGCGAAUAUGAGAAGGCUAGACAACACCUCGAGAAAUCACUUCUGAUCCAGAAAGAAAUUGGAAACAGAAGUGGAGAAGCUACCUCUUACUUAAACCUCGGAGAAACCUAUCAAUCAGUUGAAGAAUAUGAGCAGGUUAGAAAAUACCUCCGCAUCACUUGUGAUGCGGAAAGAAAUUGGAGGCAGAGAGGGAGAAGCGUACUGUUAUGGAAGCCUUGGAAGUGUGUAUCAUUCAAUUGGCGAAUAUGAAAAGGCUUCAAAAUGCUGGGAAAACUCAUUGGCCAUCAGCAGAAAAAAUGGACACAGAUGUACAAUAGCUAAGUCUUACCUACAUUUGGGAGUCAAAUUUCUCUCUCUUGGUAAGUAUAACAAGGCUAACGACUAUACCCGGAGAGCGCUUGCCAUCUGUACGGAAAUAAGAGACAGAGAAGGUGUGUUCUCAUCUUACCUCACCCAAGGCAACAUUGAAUGGUGUGUAGGUAACUCAAUCAAGGCAAAAGAAUAUUAUGAAAAAGCACUUAUGAUGAGCAAAGAAAUUGGAAUCCGUACCGUAGAAGCAGAAGGCUGUUUAAGGCUUGGACAUUUGCUUGUCGUUCAGGAUAAAUAUGUUCAAGGAAAAGAAUAUAUUGAGAAUGGGCUUGCAUUAAGUGAACAGAUUGAAAGUAUUUCGCUCCAGUUCAUGUCGCUCGAAUUGAUGGCACGCCUAAGAAUAAGAGAAGGAAAGAUUCAGGAAGCUAUCUCGUAUUUCCUUUCUGGUAUUGAGAAAUGCGAGCAAAUGCGCGGCUCUCUCCGCCACAAUGAUCAAUUUAACAUUUCGCUUCUGGAGAGAAAUGUUCGUUCCUACAGAGAACUCGGUUCACUGCUUUGUGAAACUGGACAUUUCACUCAAGCUCUGUAUGUUUCAGAGCUUUCAAGGGGCAGGGCUUUGGCGGAUUUAAUGUCAGGUCAGUACUCUGUGGAGAAUCAAAUCUCGGCUAAUCCUCGAACAUGGUCUGGUCUUGAAUGUAUCGAAACCAAAGAAAGUAACCGCACGUGUCUGUAUGUGUCAUAUUUUUCUGACAGCAUAUACUUGUGGAUUCUUAAAGCGAGCGGAAUCACAAAUUUCCAAAGGAUUAACGGAAAUAAGGUAAUUGCCAACGAAGGAUUAGGUCAACAAUUGAAAGAGAUUUUCAAUUUCAGAAGUUUUGGCAUUUUACCAGAGGAGAUUUGCGAAGACCGAUCUUUACACAGUUUUCAGCCAGAAUCCAAAUCUUGUGAGGAAGACAACAACGAAGAUUGGCGAAUUGGAGAAGAAAGUAAAGAUAAUCAAGGACCCAAAAUGAACCUUCCUAUCUGUUACAAACUUAUCAUUGCUCCUGUGGCGAGUUUCUUUGUAGGCUCUGAAAUCAUCAUUGUCCCUGAUCGCGCUUUAUACCAAAUCCCAUUUGCUGCCUUAACCGAUGAAAGUGGAAAGUACUUAUCGGAGACUUUCAGGAUCCGUGUCGUUCCUUCUUUAACAACUCUCAAGCUCAUUCAAGACAGUCCAGCAGAUUAUCACUGUCAGACGGGUGCUUUGAUAGUAGGAAAUCCCGAUGUUGGUGAGGUGCAUUUCAAAGGACGCCUCACAAACAUUUCACGAUUGCCUUGUCCAGAAAACGAAGCGAGAAUGGUAGGAGAAAAGCUGGGUGUUGAGCCUUUGUUAGGACAGCAGGCGACUAAGCUGGUUGUACUUCAAGCGAUGAAUUCAGUGGCUCUGAUUCAUAUUGCCGCACACGGUGAUGCAGAAAAAGGAGAAAUUGCCCUUGCACCGGCUUUUCGUAUCCUUAAUGGCAUACCUCAAGAAGGACUCUACUUAUUGACAAUGGCUGACAUUUCAAAAGUUAAAGUGCGAGCUAAACUGGUAGUCCUUAGCUGUUGCCGCAGUGCUCGUGGACAGACAAAAGCCGAGGGAGCUGUUGGAAUUGCCCGAGCAUUCUUAGGAUCUGGCGCACGCUCAGUGUUGGUGUCACUGUGGGCCCUAGAUGACAAAGCGACCGAGCAGUUAAUGAGACAUUUCUACGAUCACCUUGUUGCUGGGGAAAGCGCUGGCGAAUCUCUACACGAGGCCAUGAAGUGGAUGAGAAGCAAGGGCUAUGACGUGAACCAGUGGGCACCUUUUAUACUGAUUGGAGAUGACGUGACAUUUGAUUUCAGAAAGAUGGGUAAGGUUCACUGAAAGCAAGUACUUCCUUUUUUCUGGCAAAGGGCUCCUGGUAUCUCAGGGACCACAAUUUUCGUUGAAUGUUAACGAUUAAUCUGAGUGUAUUUUCCAAAUAGAAUUAGGUUUCUAGAUCAAAUUACUUCUUUCAAGUUUGUUGUUUGAUAUUCUGUGGUUGAUGUAGUGUAUUUUACAAUAUAAUUCAUGACUUUUAGCUUAUUUAGUUUGGGCUAGACAAUAAAACAAGGUAGAAUAUAGUACAGACGAUAAAACAAGGUAAAAUAUAGUAUUGUGCCAAUCAGAGCGCAGAGAACCUAAUCUCUGAAAAUAAAUAUAUUUUGUAAAGUUUAAGGUAACUGCUUUUAAAGAAAAUCCUGUGAAGGAACUGAACUGUAGCCUAUAGUUAAUAAGAAAUGUAUUGUUGUGUUGAUUUCUUCUGCCAGGUUUACGUUGACAAGAAUGACCAGGACAGC